AUGAAUGCAAGCUUAUGUUCAACCAGACCUAUGUGUAGACGUAUUGGUCUACACACUAAAAAAAAAGAGUGCUGCUCGACAACAAAAUCCAAAAGGAAAAUCAAGAAGAAGAAUGUAGGACUGAAGGUGAAACUGUUAGUUCUCAAUCAAGUCGACGAAGCAGAGCUGCUGCAAUUCAUAACCAGUCUAAAACGGGUAAUUUGCUUUGGUUGUUGUUCCAAUUCACCACCAAUUACUGAUGUUGACGAGCCAUCAAAGGGCCUUAGAGUACAAGGCCAGACUAUGAAGAUAUCUAUUCUUUUAGAUGAUUUUUGUGAAUUCUUUCAGAACCCUUUCAAAGAAAAAAGGUAGAGUUAUGAAGGUUUUGAAAGGUGGAGCCUCUCCCAGAUGGAUCCGGCCACUUCUUUAAUCUCAUGCCUGAACUUGUGAUCAAAAUAAAGGACAAGGAUGUUCGUUCUUAAGAUGAUCUUGUGGGAGAGGAAUAGAUUCCAAAUUUACAAUCACUCUUCAGGCGUCCACGCUCCGCCUAUUUCCCUCAGUCCCUCAUCCCCCGAAACCCUAACCCUUUGUGAGCCUGUGACGAGUAUCUCUGUCCUGAAACCCUAAAUAAAGUUUGAGGAGUUGGAAAUAUGGAUCCCGGUGGAUGCGGAGAUAUAUUUUAUGGAGUAGGGGUAGCAAGGCCGGAAAACCAGAUAUCCGAAAAUUUUGAAUGGUAGAUACUGAUAUCCGAAUCUGAAUCCGAAUCCGAAAUUUCGUGAGUCCGAUUUGGAUAUCAAAUCGGAUAUCCGAAAAUGUUGUGAAUUCAAAAUAGAUCUUUUUAAAAUCAUCAAUGAGUCACAAAAAGAACCGUUAUUCAAUUAUGGUAUAGUUGUAAAACAAAUAAUUUCUCUGUUCAUUUGUUCAAUAUAUAUAGACCAUAAACCA